CAGCGAGAUCGGGUGUGGAGCCCGGGUCCGGGCGGCGCUGUGACGCUCCUUGUGCAAUUUCCCAGAUGUUUUUAACACCAUGUCCAGCCACAAAUCCAAGUCAGGAGCCAGGAAAGCAAUGAAAAAAUCCACUCAGCCAGCAAGGAAAGAUUUGGGAACUCGCCCUCUGACCAAAAAUCCGACAACUUCCGGCUGCAACAAGUCCAGAAAUGACAAGGGAAAGUUUGCUCCUGAGCUCUCCGAAGUGAAAGGCGAGGGCACUGUGGAAGGGAAGUCAGCCAUCACCAUCCAGUGCGCUUUCCGGCAGCAUCUGGCACGCAAGGAAAGGGCCAGGCGGCUGAAGGAGAAGGAGGAGUUUGAGGAAUCGAUGGAGAAACUCGAGAGAGAUGCUUUUGUCACCCUGGUGAGGAGAGAGCAGGAGAUCGCAGCAAGAGAGCGGGAGAAAGAGGAGAGGGAGCGAAGGCGCAGGCAGGAGGAGCAGAAACGCAGGAACCGCAUGCUGGAAGCAGCAUUCGAGGGGGAUGUGGAUGAGAUGCAGAGCAUACUGAAGGAGAUUUCUGAGCUGGAUACGGAGGAUGGCGUGGCAUUUGACAGGAUGGGGCAGGUGUUGAGACGGCGGCACCAGCUGGACAUGGUGGACUGCACUGAUGCCCAUGGGAACACGCCCCUGUCAGAGGCGGCCGGGGGUGGUCAUCCCAGCGCCAUCAAGUACUUGAUCGAGAAGGGAGCUGAUCCAAAUUCCAAGGGUGCGUACGGAAGGACCCCUCUGUACCGUGCAGCAUUUGGGGGCCACGUUGCUGCCGUCCAGACCCUGCUACAGAGCGGAGCUGACCCUCAGCUCCAUGCUGAGGACGGGAUGAUGCCGGCAGAGGUAGCGUCGACUGACUCCACCGUCAGGAUCCUGCAGGACUGGGACAUCAGCACCACCGUGGUCCUGAGGGAGAAGAUGGAGACCGAGGUUCAGCGCAGGAGAGAGGCUGAGAAGCUGCAGAAACAGGAGGAGGCCGACAGGAUCCAGAACCAGCUUUCGCAAAUCAUGAAGGAGCUGAGCCAAUAUCAGCAUGAGCUGCAGAAAGCUUACUGUGAACUCCACAAACGUAUCAAUGAGCAUGACAAGUGUGUGAGCAAAGACAUGAGCAACACCAACAUCACACUGCAGGCAGUUCAUGAUGCCGAGGAGCUGGUGGCAGCAAAAAGGAAGGCAGUGGCCAAGGCAGAAGAGAAACUCUCACUGGCCAAGCUGCAGCUGAGAGAGGAGCUUCAGAAAGAAGCAUCGCUGAGUGACUUGAAGGGGACCCUUUGCCACAUCCGGGAGCUGGACGACGUGCUCCUGAAGGAUGUGGGUGACAAAAUCAAGCAAGAUGGCAGAUGGCCACUCGUCAUUGACCCAUCUGGCCAAGCCAGCACCUUCCUGCGAUACCGUGACACCAAUUUCCACGAUGCUCUCAAUCCUGGCCACAUGAAGCCCGAGGUUCUGCGGCUCGGACUGCUCGGAGCUAUAAGGUUUGGGAAGAUGCUUGUGAUCGACAUGAUGGAGGUGAACAUGUUCCAUGUGGUGACCACGGUGUUUGAUCAGAUCCAGGCUGGGCUCAUGGACACAUUACUGAAUAAAGAGUUACUGCAGAGUGACAGGUUCCUGUCGUUGAUCCGGCAGGGAGAUGGGCCGGAAUAUUCCCGCAAUGAAUUCUCACCCAGUCGAGUGGAGAAGUUCCAGCUGGUGCUCCUCACCAAGUUGCAGAACCUCCCGAGAGAACUGCUCAGUGCCUUCUACCCAAUUCAGAUCAUCAUCAAAUAGCAGGCGCCUGCCAGACCCGCUUGCACACACAGCGAGCUCUGCUCCGACCCAAGGUGACGGGGCAGCGGCCCCGGAGACUCUUCCUCCAGCAGUAGAUCGGGGUAUAUCACAGCGGCUUUCUGUGAACCGCAACAGAACCAGCUUGUGGGCAGCUGUCUCUGUGCUUCCAGUGGGUCUCACGUCCUCUGCCGGCCAAUUGCAGAUUUGAUCCGAUCUCU